GACGAAGCCAGAGGCAGCUCUCUCUCCUGCGACAGCCAUGGCAGAGGGCUCCGAGAAGGUGCCCAUCGCCCGAGCGGGGCCCGACGAUGUGGAGCACUGCCUGCCCCCCAUGUACACGGCGGCGGCGCCCGGUGCAGGGCGGCUGCUGAAGGCGGGGGCGGCGGUGCUGAUCGCAGGAGCCCUUCUGCUGCUGGCCGGGGCCAUCGGCGCCUUCUACUUCUGGAAAGCCACCGAGCGGCAGGUGUAUAAUGUUCACUAUACUAUGAGCAUUAAUGGAAAAGUGCAAGAUGGAUCAAUGGAAAUAGAUGCUGGAAACAACUUGGAGACAUUCAAAACAGGCAGUGGGAGUGAAGAGGCUGUUGAAGUUCAUGAUUUUCAGAUUGGCAUCACUGGGAUUCGUUUUGCUGAGGGAGAAAAGUGUUACAUCAAAGCUCAGCCAAAAGCUCACGUCCCCGAAGUUGAUGCGAUGACUAAAGCGAGCCUCUCAUCUGAGCUGGAAGAUGAAAUCAUGCCUGUAAGAUUUGAUGAAAACUCCCUUAUCUGGGUGGCUGCAGAUGAGCCUAUCAAGCACAACAACUUCCUAAGCCCCAAAAUUUUAGAGCUUUGUGGGGAUCUUCCCAUUUUCUGGCUGCGACCAACAUAUCCCAAAGAUUCCCUUGUGAUUACUUCUUCAGCUAACCCCAGGAGAGAAAUGAAGAGAAACAAACGCCAAUCGGAGUCAAAUUUUGAUAUGGAAGACACGGAAGCUGCUAGGGAAGAAGUAAACUCCAGGUCAGCCACCAUGCAGCUGACUGAUCAUCUGUCUAAUGAAACUAGGCCCAUGGGACAAGAAACUGAUCAAUCAAAUAAUCCAGACAACCCAUAUAAUCAACUGGAAGGUGAAGGGAUGGCUUUUGACCCCAUGCUGGAUCACCUAGGCGUGUGCUGCAUUGAAUGCAGACGAAGUUACACGCAGUGCCAGAGAAUCUGUGAGCCUCUCUUGGGCUACUACCCCUGGCCUUACAACUACCAAGGCUGUCGUACCGCCUGCCGAAUCAUCAUGCCCUGCAGCUGGUGGGUGGCUCGUAUCAUGGGUGUUGUGUGAGAAGAGCCAGUCACAGCCUUGACAAAACAAAAAGGGAUGCAAUGACAACAAGCUGGUAAGAGCCUACAACCAAAGCAGCGGUACCAAUCCUGGCUUUGAAAACCAAUCUGUGUAUUCCUGCCCCAAAAGCAAGGUCAGAUAUUCUACCUGUACAUAAAAAGCUGAAGUUAACCUCCUAUUAGCUUUACAAAAGACAAGGGCAUACUAGCACUUACUGAAUUCAAAAACUAAGA